UAGCUUUUGACUCUAUCUUUGUGAAAUCGUUUCAGCGUUUGUAGCUGAUAUACUUUAAUUCAAUAUCCACUCCGGGAAUUAGGCUAAUUUCAUUUUUUAUUCCAUUUAAACAGUAAUGCUAUUUUGAUUUUAUGAUAUUCGUGAAUAAUAGAUGGUUUGGAAAAGAGUACUUGGAAAAAUGACAAGAUUAACGCACGUUAUACUUCUACUCGGAUGUCUGAUUGUAGCUCUGCAUCUAUUACAGUAUGACAGAGACAAAGAAGUAAAGGAUAGCCUCGAAAAGCCUGAAAGUGAAUUGGAAGCAAAACGUUGGACCAAUAAAUACGAGAACAAGGAUCGGAUUGUCAUCGAGUCUGACAAUGAAAUGCUCUUAGAGAAUGAAUCAUUUGCUAAUGAUGCUGGACAUGUUGACGUUGAGGACAUUGAUCCAUAUGACCCCACAAAUUGUGUAAUACUCAUAUGGACAUUGUGGAACUUCAAUGAAUUUCCGCAAAUUGGUACGGAACUGUUCAAAGACUGCGAAGAAUCACGAUGCGAGGUAACUUUAAACAAGACGAGAAUAACAGAAGCCGAUGCGGUCUUAUUCUGGGGUCAAAGUUAUGAAUUUGUCAGCGGUAAGAUACCCAACUAUCAUGCCCCUUCACAGAUAUGGGUGUUUGUAUCGCGCGAGGCAAUGCUUAGGGGGUACUUUCAGUCGGCGAAUCUAGCAGCCACAAGGUUUGCCAUCAAUAGAACAAUGACUUAUAAACUAAAUUCAGACAUCCAGUGGCCAUAUGGGUAUGUCAAACCAAAACCUGAUCCAGCGCCACCUAUGUUGAGCCGAAAGCGGCAUUUAGUGGCAUGGUUAGUCAGCCAUUGCGGGGCAAACUCAAUGAGAAUGUCAUUCGUGAAAGAUUUACAAAGAUAUGUACCGGUACAUAUAUAUGGGCGGUGUGGCAAUUAUUCCUGUCCAAAAGACAGAGUUGACUGUCUCUCUUAUCUGAGUGAAAACUACAUGUUUUAUCUGGCAUUUGAAAACUCUGACUGCGUUGAUUACGUAACUGAAAAAGUAUGGGAUAACGCCUUGCUUCACAACAUGAUCCCUGUUGUUAGGGGAAAAAUGACGAACUUCAGUGCACAUCUUCCCCCAGGAUCCUUCGUCCAUGUAGAAGAAUUCGCAACUGCUGAAGUGCUUGGAAAAUAUCUCCGCAAGGUUGGGGCAGAUUUUAAUUUAUACACGCAGUACCAUAACUGGCGCUCGAGCUUUGACGUAUUUAAUGGUGGUCAGGACGUAUUCAGAUGUAACAUCUGUAGAGACAUUCACAAGUUCAGAGCUAGUGGGGAGAGAAAGACAGUCGAUCUAUGGGAGUUUAUCAACGCCAAGACCCAGUGUUUCACGUAUAGGAUUGACUUAGAGAAUCUUCCAAACGGGUUGCAUUAAUAAUAUGAAUCCAUAAAAUGUAUAUAGUUACAAUGUAGUGAAUCUAGAAAAUCACACGUAUCAAAAUAUACAUGUUAUCAUAGAUAUCUAUAAUAUUCACACAUCUGUGAGGACUUACCAUGAACUGUAACUAAACAUCGGAGAUAUAGUGGAUGUAGAAACAAUGUACGUGAACCUUUUAAUUUUGGAUAUUUCUAUGUUUAAUUUAUUAAUAUGUACAUUAUUUACAAUAAAAUUUGACAAAUACAAUAAUAGUAAAAACUUCUCAGAUUAUGCAUGUGGUGUAAUCUCACUUUAUUUCUUGUUGAGGUAUUUCACUUAAAGAGGCAACAAAGACUACUAGAGAGCAAAAAAUUGCUCAUAUCAGUCUUUGGCGUCACUUUAAACAUAUGCUAUGCUAUUCAUGAUCAGCACUUUUUGCUAAAACUGAUAAGAAACGUACUACAGAUAUUUGCUUAAGUUGCACUACAUCUCAUGCAAUAUACAUUGUGCAGUAACUACUAACUACCAUAUAUUGUGACCAUAGUAAAAUGAUGAGGAUACU